UUAAGGCGGCUUUUAUUUCACAAAACGACCAUGGAGAACAUGCUACUCUCUAAGGGAAGGAAACGGCCAUCCUCCCUCCCGCAUGCAGAUGGGCCUCCAGGGAGAGCAAUCCGGGCAGCGCAAUCACAGCCGGAGAGCAGUACCUCUUGCUGAACCUUCCAGCCGAGCGCAUUGGGCGGGUGCGACGGCGCGUGCGCAGACCCAGCGAUGGUCGGCUCCGCCCGGCGCCCACUAUUUAUUCCCAGAAUCCCUCGGUGUCACACCAGAACGGCCCAACCGUUCCGAGACUGCGGAGUCAGGCGCGGCGGCGUCAAGAUGGCGGCAGCGGCAGUGGCGGCGGCGGCAGCAGCGGCCGCGGCUGCAUCUCUUCAGGUGCUGGAGAUGGAGAGUAUGGAGACGGCCGCCGCCGGCUCGGCGGGGCUUGCCGCCGAAGUCAGAGGCAGUGGCACAGUGGACUUCGGGCCCGGGUCCGGUUUGUCUGCAAUGGAGGCGAGUGGGGGCGAUCCGGGCCCGGAGGCCGAGGAUUUCGAGUGCAGCUCUCACUGCUCGGAGCUGUCGUGGAGGCAGAACGAGCAGCGGCGCCAGGGCCUCUUCUGCGACAUUACCUUAUGCUUCGGCGGUGCCGGAGGCCGGGAGUUCCGGGCCCACCGCUCGGUGCUGGCCGCCGCCACCGAGUACUUCACACCCCUGCUCUCCGGCCAGUUUUCCGAGUCCCGCUCCGGCCGGGUGGAGAUGCGCAAGUGGAGCUCGGAGCCCGGGCCCGAACCCGACACGGUGGAAGCCGUUAUCGAAUAUAUGUACACCGGGCGCAUCCGCGUCAGCACGGGCAGUGUGCACGAGGUGCUGGAGCUGGCCGACAGGUUCCUAUUAAUUCGUUUAAAAGAAUUUUGUGGGGAAUUUCUCAAGAAAAAACUUCACCUCUCUAAUUGUGUGGCCAUUCAUAGCUUAGCUCACAUGUACACCCUAAGCCAGCUUGCUCUCAAAGCUGCCGAUAUGAUACGGAGAAAUUUCCACAAAGUGAUUCAGGAUGAGGAAUUUUAUACUUUGCCUUUCCAUCUCAUUCGAGACUGGCUGUCGGACUUGGAGAUUACGGUUGAUUCCGAGGAGGUUCUGUUCGAAACAGUUUUGAAGUGGGUUCAGAGAAAUGCUGAAGAGAGAGAGAGGUACUUUGAAGAACUUUUUAAACUGCUCAGGUUGUCCCAGAUGAAACCUACUUACCUUACUCGUCAUGUCAAACCAGAGAGGCUGGUGGCCAAUAAUGAGGUGUGCGUCAAGUUAGUGGCCGAUGCGGUGGAGAGGCAUGCUCUGAGGGCCGAGAAUAUCCAGUCUGGCACAUUCCAGCAUCCCGCUUCUCACGUCUCAUUGUUACCUCGCUAUGGACAAAACAUGGACGUGAUCAUGGUCAUUGGCGGCGUGUCGGAAGGAGGGGACUACCUGAGUGAGUGUGUGGGGUAUUUUGUUGAUGAGGACAGAUGGGUAAACUUACCCCAUAUUCAUAAUCACCUUGAUGGACAUGCGGUUGCAGUAACAGAAUCCUACGUGUAUGUUGCUGGGUCAAUGGAACCAGGUUUUGCUAAAACUGUGGAAAGGUAUAACCCAAAUUUGAAUACAUGGGAACAUGUUUGUAGUCUGAUGACACGGAAGCAUUCUUUUGGGCUAACAGAAGUCAAAGGGAAGCUCUACAGUAUUGGAGGACAUGGCAACUUUAGUCCUGGCUUUAAAGAUGUGACUGUUUAUAAUCCUGAGCUCGAUAAAUGGCACAACUUGGAAUCGGCACCAAAGAUUCUUCGAGAUGUGAAAGCCCUGGCCAUCGAAGACCGGUUUGUCUACAUUGCUGCUCGCACUCCCGUGGAUCGGGACACUGAGGAUGGACUAAAGGCUGUCAUUACUUGCUAUGAUACCGAGACUCGACAGUGGCAAGAUGUGGAAUCUUUGCCCCUUAUUGACAAUUACUGCUUUUUCCAAAUGUCCGUGGUCAAUUCAAACUUCUAUCAGACAGCUUCAUGUUGUCCCAAGAGUUAUGCUUUAGAAAAUGAAGAGGCAGUAAGAAAAAUUGCCAGCCAAGUUUCUGAUGAGAUCCUUGAAAGCUUACCUCCAGAAGUCCUAAGCAUCGAAGGGGCAGCCAUUUGCUAUUACAAAGAUGACGUUUUCAUUAUUGGAGGCUGGAAAAACAGUGAUGACAUUGAUAAACAGUAUCGGAAGGAAGCCUACCGAUACUGUGCAGAGAGAAAGAGGUGGAUGCUUCUUCCUCCCAUGCCACAGCCUCGUUGUAGAGCCACUGCCUGCCACGUGAGAAUUCCAUACCGGUACUUGCAUGGCACUCAGAGAUAUCCCAUGCCUCAAAACUUAAUGUGGCAGAAGGACCGCAUCAGACAGAUGCAGGAAAUACAUCGGCAUGCCCUAAACAUGCGGCGAGUGCCCAGCUCGCAGAUAGAAUGCUAGCUUCUCUAUUACGUGCAGCUUAAAACAGUUGUACCUGUUCCGUGAGGCUGAAGAUUCCCAGACUGUUACUUGAAAAAGUAUGUCGGUAACUUAUUUUCUACAUGAACUGAUUAUCGCCCCAUAUAAAGGAAAUACAGUUAAAAACUGAAGAAUGGGAAAGUCGAUUCAAUACGUGGUAAUUUUUGUUGGUUUGUAGUCUUCACCUGUCUUUGGUUUGUAUGUGUGUGCUAGCUAAAUAAGAUCUUAUUAAAGAUAAGUGGAAACACCAGGUAUCUAGUUACUUGGCUGUUUUUCUGCCAACAAGUUAAUAUGACUCCUUUGUCUUAGGGACUUAUGUUUUGAACAUGCUUUAAGCACCAGUUUUAUUUGCACAUUUACUUUGGUCAUCUUUUUCAUUUUUUCCUGAAUGGUUGGUUUUGACAAGAUCAGAAUUUAUGCAUUGAGUCCUCAUCUAUAGGAGGUAUGUGCAAUAAUAGUAAGAUUGAAAUUUGAAGGAAAAAGCACAAUAUUUCAGCAAGACGAUUUCAGAAUGUUUGUAUUGAUAAGUUGAUGUAUUUGUUUAUUUUAGAAAUGCUCUUUUAUUUCUAGAAGAGUUGAUUGAGAAAUUUGUGAUUGGCCUAUGCAUUUUUUGAGUAUUUUUCAUUUCUUUAGCAACUGUGUUACAAACUUCAAGCCAUCACUUUGAGAUAAUGGUAGUUGGCAAGACUGUUGAUCCUUAGCUGAUUGAUUGAAUACAGAGGAAGUUAUAUCUGUGAAAUUUGUUUCUCCGAGAAGACAAGUAUUAUUAGUCUAAAGUAAGAAAUCAAAGGCAUUGAAAAACUUAAAAACACUUUUCAGGAGUUGCAGGCUUACUUUGAACAAGUUAACGAGUGUAAAUAAUGCCUAGGACAAUCGACACUCAAUGCCUUCAAUUUUAAAUUUUGCUCUAAUGCAUAUUGUAUGAAAUCCUCAUUCCUUUCUAAAGGGGGCUGUUUUCAAAGGGGAGGAAAGUAACAAUUUAGAGAACUGUUGCUGAGGAGAAGCCUUAUUAUUUCUCAGCCCAGGUUAUUUUGUUUUAUCCAGUUGCCCUAGACUUUCAUUGGAACUUUGCCAGAGCCUAAAAUACUAUAUUUGGGUGCAUAAUUAUGGCUCUUAAAGUUUAUCACUAUGGUUACCUUUUAUUUAUUUUUCAUUUUUACUUUUUUUGUCUGUACCCGCAGCAUACAAAAAUUCCUGGGGCGGGGAUCAAACUCACACCACAGCAGCAACCCAAGCUACAGCAAUGACAAUACCAGAUCCUUAACCCACUGCACCACCAGGGAACUCCUGGAUACCUUUUUUUUUUUUUUUUUUUUUUCAUUUUUAUUUUUUGGCCAUGCCUAAGGCGUGCGGAAGUUCCCAGGCCAGGGAUCAAACCCACACCACAGCUGUGACAAUGCCAGAUUCUUAACCUGCUGCACCACCAGGAAACUCCCUGGUUAUCUUUUAUACAUUCUUCUGAUCCUCUUAUCGGUACCCAAAUUUUAUGCAAAUUAGCACUUAUGUUGACUUUUAGCAUCGGUAAGCAUAAUUGACUCCUACUCUAAUGGUUUCCCUUGUGGAUUCAGUAUACUUUCCUUGUUUCUUUCAGAAUGUCUCUACCUUCUUAGACAUUCUGGAAUACCAUUCUAGAAGUUGAAUUCCAAGUGCAGUGAUUUUUUUUUUCUUCCCAGUCCAUUAUAGUUAAUCUUAUUAGUUGGAGCAAACAUCAAGAGAAAAAAGUACAACCAGAAAUUUUGGCUCUCAAGGUGCUGCAGGACUAUUAAUGUUUAGGCCUUGGAUGUUAUACUAAGAACUUCCUGAAACUUCAAAUUGAUAUCCUUAUCUAAGACAAAGUUUUUCAAUAAAUGUGUUGGAAAUUACUUUAAAACCAGUUAAUUUAGGCAUCCCCGUCAUGGCUCAGUGGUUAACGAAUCCGACUAGGAACCACAAGGUUGCAGGUUCGAUCCCUGGCCUUGCUCAGUGGUUUAAGGAUCCAGCAUUGCCGUGAGCUGUGGUGUAGGUCGCAGAUGAGGCUCGGAUCCCAAGUGGCUGUAGCGUAGGCCGGCAGCUGUAGCUCCGAUUGGACCCCUAACCUGGGAACCUCCAUAUGCCAAGGGCGUGGCCCUAGAAAAAGACAAAAAAAAAAACCCCACAAACCAGUUAAUUUAGGCCAGGGUAGGAGUGGGAUACUGCAAGUCUGUGUGUGAGGAGAUGUUACCCUACCCCACCUCUACCAUUUUCUUAAUUUGCAUUUUAUUUUAAUAAAAGCCAUUUAGAUUCUGAGACGUGCUAAUUCUUAGUUGUGAGAGGUCUAUGCAAGUAAGACAGAAAGCUCAUUGAAUGAAAUCCUCAUUUCUGUCUCUGAUAGAUAUGCUAGCAAACUCCUUUUCUUAGUGGUGUUGAAAUAAUUUAGUAGCUCACUAAGGUGCCAGUUUCUCUCCAGAAAGGUGUGAUGUAAGGUUUUUGAUUGUCUUGUUUGAGAGGGGGUGGGAUGGGGGUAGGUCUCAGUUGUCUUCUGAGAUAGUCAUUACCAAGUUAUUUGCAGGGUGUCUUUUUUUCACACGAUGUGGCAGGUAUAAUCUGGUUUUGAAAACAUGAUUGAAACUGUUGUUUUUUAACUCAGCAGGCAGCCUAGGCCAUGGCUGGGAAGAAAAGGGUAAGUCCUUCCUUGCAUGAUGAUGUGGGCAGGGUUCCUGACUACUGGAUUCCUAAUUUUCAUAUUUGAAUUCACAUGUGUGAUUUCACAUCAAUAACUUGUGUUUCUGAAAUAUCCCAACUAACUUGUUAAUAAGGAAAGAAACCAGGUUUGCUUAAAUCUGUUCAAGGCUGACAUUCUGAAAUUCUAAACUGGGAAUAUAACUUCCCAGAGUAUUUGGAAAGGUUCUGGUUUUAAUGAUCAUCCUAAAAUGGCUCUUUGGGAAAGACAUUUCCUCCUUGAUGAAAACUUAUAAAAGACGUUAAAAAUAUAGCUUUAAAAAGACAGCUUAAUGUGUAUUCAGGCAAACCUUUUUCUGUUGUUGCUUUUUUUUUGUUUUGUAGAAGGAAAAGAGAAGAAUUGAUUAUACCAAAAAGUAGUAACUCUGCAUAGCUUUGAGUGAGCCUGCUUUUAUCUUAGAGUGGAUCUCCUUGAACUAUACCUACACCACCACGGUUUAAAAAAAAAAAAAAAAAUCAGUGUGUAUAUUGAGAAUGUCAGUCAUGAGCUUAGUGUUUAAGUAAUACAUCUCACCUGGAGUUGUUUGCAUGAUUAGUCUUGUGUAUCUUGAUAUUCAACUUUGCUUUUGCUGUGCCAAUUCGAAACUAUUUUGCUAAAAACAAAGAAACAACAAAUCUCAAAAUUCAUUGGCAUCAGUUUUGUUGUAAUCACUUGUUUUUGUAUAGUGUUUCUGGGACCAAAAAAAAUUUUGAAAUCUUUUUUAAUGUAGAAUAGAAGUUUGGAGCUGGAAAGAUAGUAUUUAUGGAAGAUUUGUGUGCUUUUGUAUAUUAAACUCUUCAGGCUGCUGGUAAGGCAGUUGCUAAGGCACACUUUUUUCCUCUUUAUGUUUGUGGACUAGUGUAGCAUGUGGUAUGUUUAAAUACUUCAUUCUCUGCUUCAUAAUUCUAAUACGAACAUUAUGCCAUAUUAUAGGUAGAGAGGUAAGCCAAAUUGUAUAUUUUAGUUACUUGGCCUAAUCAAGCGUAACCAAAGGGAUGUUUUUUGUACUUGCCUCACAUUAAGCUUGAAUAAAAAGGGUGUAUCAGCCACAUUUCAUGUCUUUUUCCAAAUAUGUAGAAUUGUGAAGCAAGUUCUCUGCCUACACUAGAAAAAUAGGAUAUUUAUUGGUUGCCUUUUAACUGGAGAGUAUUUGAGAACCAAUCUGAUCUCUCCUUUUUUAAUUGUUAAACAUUUUGGUACAGUUCAUCACUCCAGUUUGUGACUUUCUCCAGAAGAGUCUAUUUUUGUUUUUGUUACAAUGCUUACAUUAUAACGUGUUUUGGUCAUUGGAAACAAGACGGCUCAUAGUCCAGUGAUGUAAUACAAUAAUAGUAACAUAAUAUAGUAGUCAUUUUGCUUCAAGGAAUUUAAUUAGAUAGCCAAAUAACUGCUCUUUGUUGAUUACCUUUGUAGGGCUUUUGUCUUACUCUAUAUGGCAUUACUGCGAAUGUCUGACCGUGAAGCACAUACAAUAGAGCACUUGUUAACUUAAGCCUCCUGCAUAAUGCACUUGUGAAAAGUAGUGCUUGCUACAUGGUUGGAGAUCUUACAUCCAUGUACUAGGGCUCAUUAUUUGUAAAAUAAAUAUUUAGUUCAAGUUGGUACCAGUGAGUUUUCUGGGCUAGCAGUAUCCAGCCCGUUUUACUGCAAGCAUAAUCUUGACUGUCUCCCUUUAGGUCAGAGGAGAUGUAGAAUUUAGGACACUUUGAGACAUGACAUUAUACAAUAGCUUGUUUUAUGUUCCUCAGGCUAUCUUGUUCUGUGUUAAAGCUACUAAUUGUUUCAGUGUGAGUUUUAAAUAAACGUAUUUCUUUAGAGCUGA